AUGUCUGCUCCAGCAUCGAGAGCCUUUGCGCGAGCUCUGCGGCAGACACGUCCCAGCUCACUGCCCCGCCAUCGCUACCUACAGAGUUUCCGUCUAGCUCAGCAGCCAUUCAGAAACUUCUCGGUCAGCUGCCGGCGGCGGGAAGACACGUCAGAACCAAAUCGAAAGGUCACCUACACCACCGAUUCAUACGAUGUCAAGCGUAAUCCCGAGUUUUCAGAGAUCACCUCCGAGCACGUCAACCAUUUCAAGUCGAUACUGGGGGACGAAUCCGCCGUUAUAGAUGGUGUGACCAAAGACGCCGCGGACGAUAUUGAGGCGUAUAACAAAGAUUGGAUGAACAAAUACCGAGGCCAUACCAAACUUGUCGUACGGCCAAAGUCGACCGAAGAAGUCUCAAAGGUUCUCAAGUACUGCAACGAGAACAAGCUCGCAGUCGUUCCCCAGGGUGGCAACUCGGGCUUAGUUGGAGGCAGCGUUCCGGUCUUCGACGAGAUUGUCCUCAACUUGGGCCGCAUGAACAAUAUACAAAGCUUCGACGAUGUUAGUGGCAUUCUGACGGUUGACGCUGGUGUCAUUCUCGAGGUGGCCGACAACUACCUUGCUGAGCGUGGUUAUAUCUUUCCGCUCGAUCUGGGCGCGAAAGGAUCGUGUCAGAUUGGCGGUAAUGUUGCAACUAAUGCCGGUGGCCUAAGAUUCCUCCGUUACGGCUCGCUACACGGAACUGUUCUCGGCCUCGAGGUUGUGCUGCCAGACGGCACGAUCAUGAACGACCUCAGCAAACUCAAGAAGAACAACACUGGCUACGACCUUAAGCAGCUGUUUAUCGGUGCUGAAGGCUCCAUCGGUGUCAUCACUGGCGUGUCAAUAGCGUGCCCUCGCCGAUCAAAUGCGGUCAACGUAGCUUUCUUUGGUCUCAAAUCCUACGAAGAUGUGCAACGAGCUUUCAAGGAAGCCAGAGGUCAGCUCGGCGAAAUUCUCUCCGCUUUCGAGCUUAUGGACGGCUCAAGUCAGCAGUUUGUCAAGAAAGUUACCGGCAACAAGCAUCCUCUCGAGGAUGAAUAUCCUUUCUACUGCUUGAUCGAGACCAGUGGCUCCAAUGCCGAGCACGACAGUGCAAAACUCGAAACUUUCCUUGAGCACGUCAUGAGCGAGGAGAUCGUUGCUGACGGCGUGCUCGCUCAGGAUGAGACACAAAUCAAAACACUCUGGGGCUGGCGAGAAGGCAUCACCGAAGCUCUGGGCCACGCCGGCGGCACAUAUAAGUAUGACGUCUCGAUCCCGCUUGAGGAGCUCUAUAGGCUGGUUGAGGAUACUCGUGUCCGUUUCGAGGACCAGGGUCUUAUCGGAGAGGGAGAAUCCAAGGCUCUCGGCGUGGUUGGCUACGGCCAUAUGGGCGACUCCAACCUUCAUCUCAAUAUCCCUGUCAAGAAAUACUCGAAGGAGGUCGAAAAGGCCCUCGAGCCCUGGGUCUACGAGUGGAUCGCCAAACGAAAUGGCAGCAUCAGCGCUGAGCACGGCCUCGGUAUCGCCAAGAACAAGUACAUUGGCUACAGCAGAAACGAAACCAUGAUCAACCUGAUGAAGCAGAUCAAGAAUCUGUAUGAUCCAAACGGGAUCAUGAAUCCGUAUAAAUAUGUGCAAUAA